GUGCGAGCUAGCAACACGUACGAUCUGAUUUACAAGAGUGGGCAAGCUGGAAUUAACAGAGCAAGUGUGUCUAUUCACUUUGAUAAUUCAGACAAGAGCCGAAGUCCAAUAGGAUUUGAAAGUAGUGAUGUGAUCACUGUCACUAGGCAGAUUGCUUUCGGAGGCAAAAGUAAGUACUUUAUCAACGGCACGAAUGCUGCCAACAAUCGUGUGCAGGAUCUCUUCUGCUCUGUUGGGCUCAAUGUCAAUAACCCUCACUUCCUCAUUAUGCAGGGACAAAUUACGAAGGUUCUAAAUAUGAAGCCACCAGAGAUUUUAGCUAUGAUUGAAGAAGCAGCUGGUACUAGGAUGUAUGAAACGAAGAAAACAAUUGCUGAGAGAACCAUAGAGAACAAGGAAUCCAAGCUGGAAAGCAUUAGGAGGAUCCUAAAUGAUGAGAUCAACCCAGCUUUACAAAAACUGCAACAGGAACGAGCACAGUGUAUGGAAUACCAAAGAAUAGUGGAACGUAUAGAACGUUUAACCCGCUUGUGUUUAGCAUAUGAGUUUGUUCUGGCUGAACAAACACAGAUGUCCUCCGUGGAUGUUUUAAAGGAAAUGCAGGCUAAUAUAACAGAGCUUCAGCUGUCAAUGGCUGAAACUGAGAAGACGAUGAGGCAGCUAAAUGAAGAAAUAGUGGAGAUGGAAAAGAAGAGGGAUGAGGAAUUUGGUGGUACACUCCAUUCGCUGAAAGACGCUCUUUCGGAAGAUCAAAGAGUUCAUACUAAAGCACAAAGUGCCCUUGAUCUCAAGAAGCAAAACUUAAAAAAUGAAGAGACUAAACAUAGUCAACUGGUAACACGUAUACAGAAGGAUUCUAUGGUAUAUGUGUCAAAGGAGAAAGUAUUAAAGAAGAUGGAGGAAGAACUAAGUGCUUUACAGGAAGAAUCCAAAAAAGAUGCAGAUGAUUUAGCUGCAGCAGAAAAGCAUUUUCAUUCUGUAUCUGCUGGCCUGUCCAGCAGUAACAAUGAGGAAGAAGCUACUCUUUCUGAGCAGAUGAUUAUCUGCAAAAAUGAAAUUGGCAAAGCAGAAACAGAGGCUAAACAGGCUGAAAUGAAGUUGAAUUAUAUACGAAAAGAGUUGAAGACAAAAGAAGCUGAGGUUAAAAAGGUGGAUGAAGGCUACAGGAAAGACCAAAAAGCAUUUGAAGCUGUUGAAAACAUGAAAAAAGCCCUAGAGAGCCAAAUGAGGGAGCUGAACUAUACAG